GGUAACUUACUGGUUGCUUAUGAAUACUAUUUCGCGGGAGAGUUAGACCAGCUAGAUCCAAGCUGUCUGCUGUCAACACGCACGAUUACAGUUACUAAAUUAAUUACACAAUGAGUUUGUGGGUGGACAAAUAUCGACCGACUGCCCUCGGGAAACUCGACUAUCAUAAAGAGCAAGCGACUCAGCUGAAAAACCUGGUUCAAUGUGGCGACUUCCCCCACUUGCUGGUGUAUGGGCCAUCGGGCGCAGGGAAGAAGACCCGCAUCAUGUGUCUGCUGAGGGAGCUGUAUGGAGCCGGGGUGGAGAAGCUCCGCAUAGAGCACCAGACCAUCGUGGCUCCCUCAAAGAAGAAAAUAGAGAUUAACAUAAUAGCCAGCAACUAUCACUUGGAAGUCAAUGCAAGUGAUGCUGGAAACCAGGACCGUGUGGUGAUUCAAGAGCUGAUUAAAACUGUGGCUCAGUCGCAGCAGAUCCAGUCAAGCACCCAGAGAGAGUUCAAAGUGGUGUUGCUUACGGAGGUGGACAGACUCACGAAGGAUGCCCAGCAUGCUUUGCGGCGAACAAUGGAAAAGUACAUGUCCACCUGCCGCCUCAUCCUCUGCUCCACCUCCACCUCUAAAGUCAUCGGGCCGAUUCAGAGCCGUUGUCUGGCUAUCAGAGUUCCUCUGCCUAGCACAGAAGAGGUCUGCAGUGUUUUGACAUCGAUCUGUAAAAAGGAGGGUCUGCUCCUCCCACCUGAGCUGGCCAAACAAAUCACUCAGAAGUCCGGUCGCAACCUCCGCAAAGCCCUUUUGAUGUGCGAGGCGUGCAGAGUGCAGCAGUAUCCGUUCUCGGCGGACCAAGAAGUCCCGGAGACGGACUGGGAGGUCUACCUCCGAGAAACCGCUAACGCCAUCGUCAGCCAGCAGAGCCCUCAGAGGUUGUUAGAGGUUCGCGCCAGGCUGUACGAGCUGCUGACUCACUGCAUCCCUCCCGAUAUCAUUAUGAAGGGUCUGGUAACGGAGCUGCUGAGUAACUGCGACGGUCAGCUGAAGACGGAGGUGGCCCACAUGGCCGCCUACUACGAACACCGACUGCAGCUGGGCAGCAAAGCCAUCUACCACCUGGAGGCCUUCACCGCCAAGUUCAUGGCAAUCUACAAGAAGUUCAUGGAGGACGGUCUGGAUGGGAUGAUGUUUUGACUCUGAAGAGCAUACGGAUACUUUUCUUGGAGUUCAACAUCUUGUUUUUUUGUUUGCACCCGACAAGACUUCCAGUGGACUUGAUACAGAUUUGUAUUCUGUGAGGCAUGGUGGCGACAUUAACAUAACUCACCCCAAAAACAAGUCGGUCUCACAGUUUGUGGCUUUUUGCCCAAAAGCUCAGCACUGCACAUAGUUUGUAAACCUUGAACGGUCACUCUAGUGGAGUAAAAUAACAGUUGUGAUGGUAGCAAUUCUUUGUAUAAAAAAAGACUAACGAUGAGAUGUUUCCCUACAAAUCUGCAUCAGAACAUAACAAUAAAUUGCUUUGUUUAUUAAAAACAAAAGGUCUGGUGAUGUUCUCUGGAAAUGACCAGAAGUUGUUUUUAUUAUUAUGAACAAACAUGAAAUAAUCUGCACUAAAACACUUAUUGUUGGCUAUUUUAUAACAUGACAGUGCCUACAUUACUGUCUGAUGUUUCCCAGUAUCAGCUCAGUUUUUUUAUAAAAAAAAGAACAAAAAUCCA